AUGGGUCUAACUGGAAGUAAGAGAAAGGAGGAGUUGUCGCCGACGAAAAGCGAGCAGCAGACGGUUAAGAAAGUAAAACGCGGCGCUCGUCCAGAUGAAAUGAUUGCGAAAUACGCGGAAGUAUUGAAGACACGUGGCAUUUUACCCGAAUAUUUUCUGGUUCAUGAGGCGAAAAGUUCCCAAUAUAUCGAUGAGGAUGGCGAUGUGGCAAACGAAUUCUAUCAGGAGACGAUGAGCGAUGGGGAGAAACGACGAUUGUGUCGUUUGAUUAAGAAUUUGAGACCAAAAGGAAAAGAACGAUACGCGAUUCCACGUCUGAAGCACGACAUUCCGGUGGUCAUUUGGGAAGUUCAGAAGCAACAGGAAUCAUAA